UCGUUAGAUUCGAAACACAUCAAUCAUCUUGAAGCUGUUCAAUUUCGAUUCAUUUUCGCAUUACAGAUCCAGUUCUGGGUAAAUGCUAUUGCUUUCGAGUACGGAAAAAUUGAAAUUCUGAGUUCCGAAAAAGCGCAUGGUCAGCACAUCGACACAUAGAGAGAUCGUUCUUGAAAUUUUUGACGUGGUCUUUAUGGCUGCAGAUCCCCGCUCUUCGCAUGAAAAUCAUAAUCACGCUCCUUCCAUCCUAUUUUCACUUACCUGUAUUGACGCGUAUAAAUAUUAUGUAUGUUUGUUUUCGUGACUAGCCGGCAAGUAGAGUUUUUAGUUAGGUCGUGGUAUACGCUAGUUAUGCAUUUCGUUUCUGCGGUGAACCGGUACCCACGGGCGCAAAACGAUCGACCAAAUGCUAACUAGGGGAGCACCCACGUGGUAGGCUGGGCGCAGCGCUACUUGGUCGUAGUGCUCCAGCUUCCGCCAUGUGGGACCCCGUGGGCAGAAGUAUCCACACUCGCGCCGCGCCCAUUUCUAGCUAGGGACUCACGUAGUCGCUUCCUUCUUCAUUUUCCAAAAAACCCCUCACAGGAUGUGCUUUCACAAUUAUGCUCGGUUCGCUAUGCUACAGUGCUUUUUUUCAAACUUCCCUUUGGGAUUUUAGUUUUCA